CAAACGAGGUUUUCAAUCUCUGAUGGUCCCUCGGAAGCGUUGCUGAGGCUCGUGAGUUCGUGCAGUUGUUGAGAGAGAUCAGGCAGGGGAUUCGAUCAGGCAGGGGAUUCGAUCCGUUUGUGUGAUCUCGCGUGCGCGCAGGAGGAGGAUCAUGGGAGCGACUUUAGGGACCUUCAGCCUCCUGCACUGGAAAACUGAAACAUGGGUUCCAGGUAAAGGCAUGUGUGCGUGCAUUCCCCAGAAGAACCGCCUCCUUCCAUUCUGCCAUCAACUGAUCAUGUUAAAUAAUGCUGUGGAGAAAUCAUUGAUCUUGAUUUUAUACAGUCUAUGGACGCGACGUGACCCUAGUGAUUACUGAUCGGCUGUCUCAGUGUCACCUGCAAAAAAAACAAUCAUGUUUUAGAAAAGAAAAAAACAUCCACUUUCAAAGCUGCUUCAUAGUAACGAGGACCUGGAUAGAAGUGUAAUGGAGUAAAAAGCUCAGUGUCUGUGUGGCUCGGCGACAUGUUUGACGUGUCGAUUUUGCCCGAAAUGUAAGAACUCAAUAGUGACUCGUAUCGUUUACGCCUCAAUCCUGUUAAUCGACACCAUCAUUGCCUGCAUCAUGCUGUCACCCAACAUUGAGCACCAGAUGAAACAAAUCCCUGGAUUUUGUGAAGGCGGCAUGAUGUCCAACAUCAGAGGAGUUUUUCAGUGUGACAUCUUUGUGGGCUACAAAGCUGUGUAUCGUCUUUGCUUUGGCAUGAGCAUCAGCUUCUUGGCUUUUUGUCUGUUUACCAUCAACAUAAAGAACAGCAGAGACCAUCGAGCUGCGAUUCACAACGGCUGCUGGUUUUUCAAAAUCGCAGUCAUUAUUGCACUCACUGCCGGAGCUUUUUACAUUCCAGAGGGACAUUUUUCCUACAUUUGGUUCAUGGUGGGUGCAGGUGGAGCUUUCUGCUUCAUCCUCAUCCAGCUGAUCCUCCUCAUGGACUUUGUGCACUCGUGGAGCGAGUCAUGGCAUGACAAGCGGGAAAACGAGAAUAAAACGCUGUGGGGUUUUGCCUUGGUGAGUGUGACGUUACUGAACUACUCUGUGUCGAUCAGCGGCGCCGCGCUCAUGUUCAUUUUUUACGCUCGGCCUGUGAAGUGUGUCCUCAACAGGUUCUUCAUCAGCUUCAACCUCAUACUGUGCGUCAUCGCUUCAGUGAUCUCCAUUCAGAAGAAAGUUCGUAAACGUCUCCCUGCUUCUGGACUCAUGCAGUCGUCCUUCAUCACUCUGUACACCAUGUACCUCACCUGGUCAGCGCUGUCAAACGAACCAGAAAAGUUGUGUAAUCCCAGCCUGCUGAGCUUUUUCCAGCCGGUCCCCACUUCCAAUGUCUCUUCGACAAACCAAACCUUCAUCCACCCCCCCACGCAUCCUUAUUUCCUCGCUGAGGAUACGCAAAGCAUCGUGGGAUUGUUACUGUUCGUCUUAUGCCUUUUAUACUCGAGCAUCCGAUCGUCCAGCACCAGUCAGGUGAACAAACUCCUGCUGACUCCUGCGGACACCGUGCUGAUAGAGGACUGCUCGACAGGAAGCCUCGGCAUGUCAGAGGGGCCGAGACGGGUGAUAGAUAAUGAAAGAGACAGCGUGCAGUACAGCUACUCCUUCUUUCACCUCCAGCUCUUCCUCGCUUCGCUCUACAUCAUGAUGACGCUCACAAACUGGUACAGACCCGAUGCUGACUACAGCGACAUCACGCACAAGCGAGGCCCAGUCUGGGUGAAAAUCACAUCCAGUUGGACUUGCCUCCUCCUCUACGUCAUGACUCUGAUCGCGCCCAUCAUCCUCAAAAACAGAGACUUCUGAUAGUCACUUUAUCAGAACAUGUGCUUUUAUAUAACGUCAUUUUUACUCUGAAGACUUUUUCCGUUAACAUUUUACUGCUUUUCUGUUACAGCUUUACGCAGUGUUUAAGAAAUAUGAUGAAUUUUUCUCACAUGGGAUUUAUUUUGUGUAACAUUUGAGAAAUAUUGCGAAUUUUUUUCAUUUUUUUUUUACAAGAGCUUACAUUUUAGCAACGGUCAUGUUUAUUCUUAUAAGAGUUUACAUACUGCAGUAAAAUAUUGUGACUUUU